AAAUCCACGGUCGCACCGACGCAAACGUUAUAGGACUGCAUUUAUCGAGUAGUAACUUCAAGAUGUCGAGUCAAUUCCCCAUCUCCGACCCCCCAGCCGACGCAAUUUCAGCCCUUCGAUUUUCACCCCAUGCAGACUCUCAGCGCUUCGCGGUUGCCUCGUGGGACAAGCACGCCUACGUGUACGAAGUGACCGAUGGCAAAACAUGUACCCAGAUUGCCAAAUUCGAGCACCGCGCGCCCGUCCUUGAUGUAUGUUUUGGCAACAGUGACAAUGAAAUCUACACGGCAUGUUUGGAUUGGGAUGUGAGGAGAAUCGAUGUGCCCUCCGGGACGCAGACUGUCUUGAGCACUCACGACAAUGGAGUCCGAUCGGUCGUCUACAGCAAGGAGUAUUCACUGGUGGUGUCCGCUGCAUGGGACUCAACGGUCCACAUCCAUCCCGGUGGAGAUGCAGGGUGGUCAACCGCCACCAUCAAUCUGCCGUCGAAGCCAUUCUCCCUGGCCGUGUCACCCUCAAAGUUGGUGGUCGCCAUGGCCAACCGUGCAGUCCACAUAUACGAGCUGAAGACACUAGCGAGCGAAUGCAGAAGUUCCGCGAAUUCAUUACAGAACAGACUCGACAUCGAGCCGUGGCAGAGAAGGGAGAGCAGUUUGAAAUUUAUGACGAGGGCAGUGGACUGUAUGCCCAAUGACGAAGGUUAUGCCUCCUCAAGUAUCGAAGGCCGCGUUGCAGUGGAGUGGUUUGAUCCGUCAAACGAUUCGCAGGCUCGUAAGUACGCAUUCAAAUGUCAUCGGCAGCCAAUCGAUGAUGUGGAUGUUGUCUACCCAGUCAAUGCCAUUGCGUUUCAUCCUAUCCAUGGCACGUUUGCGACGGGCGGCGGGGAUGGAGUGGUGGCUAUUUGGGAUGCAGUUGCGAAACGAAGGAUUCGGAUCUAUCCAAAGCUCGCCUCGAGUGUCGCUGCUCUCUCUUUCAGUUCGAAUGGGAAAUAUUUGGCCACCGCAAUCAGCCCGGGAUUUGAAGACGGCAAGGACGAAGUUACGGAAGGGUCUGUCGGGAUUUUCAUUCGCGAGCUCGGCGAGAAUGAGGUCAAGAGAAAGGCAAAAUGAGUUUGAUGCAGGCCAAGUACACCUGGGACGACAUUCAUGAUAUGCCUCCGUUACCGACCAAGUCUAUUAAGUUGCGGCACCCACAACGAUGGGGUCAGAGCUAUGCACAGGGACUAACGGUGGGUAUUUGGCAAUGAUGGAGUCCCGCUUAUGUCGAGCUGCUCGCACCGACACAGUGCCGUCGGCCAUGCCGAAAUAGCAAGCAACCGGUCUCUGGCCGCCAAUUACACCAGCUGCCUCGGCCUCGGGACCGGUAGGACCACAGAAAAGGCCCACGGCAAGCACACCGUUGAUGUCCUUGAUAGCUCGAGCGAGCUGUUCCACCUCCCAGUAUCCAUUUUCACCAUCGCCCGGUCUUUCUGGUGUGAGGUCUUCGGCGAUCAGGAGUGGAUUAGGGAAAGGAGCGUCGACGAUGAAGAAGUCUUGGUCCGUCUUGACAGGGCCCGCUUUCGCGAGAUGGCCUUCUCUGAUCAUCGGACCUACGCCUGCUGCAUUGCGACUACCGAGCAUUCGAAGCCUCUUCAUGACCUGCCGGGCGGCUUUUGGUUCGACCUCUAUGGGAAUCGUAGGCCAUUUAGUGACUAGACGGCGCUGGAGCUUGCGGUAGUCUACUGCUGGUUAACAAGGCUGCCCUCCACAGGGGCGAGGGGACCACCAUACCGGCGACACAAACAAACUGUUUUGACCUCAUAGCCACCAGCUUCUCCUGGUACAAACACGCACCUCCACCCUUGAUGCAGUUCAGCUCCUCGUCCACCUCAUCUGCUCCGUCGAAAUUGAUGUCAAUCAUGACAUCGUCCGGCAGAGCAUCGAACUCAAUUGGCACCAAACCCGCGUUUAUGAUAAGUUGUUUGGACUGGUAUCCUGUUGGCACAAAGCCGACCCUUGAGACGUCCACGCCGCAGGUUUUGAUCGCUUCCACCACGUAGACGAUGGUUGUUCCGGAGCCGAUGCCCACGAAGCGCGGGUUCGGGGGGAAGUGGUUCUUCACAGCUUCGAGAGCGGCCGCCUUUUUGGCAGCUUCGAUCUCGGCCAUGUUUCCUUUCGCGAGGAUGCGAGUUCGGUGGAAGUAAUUUUUCUGGGAGAUACGAAUGGUUGUAGGGUAAUGGAGCCGGGCAACACAAGGAGGUCUAUCGCGCAGUAUAAGGGGAAAGGCUCUAGCUUGUCUAUCUGCGAGAAAUCAGCUGAAUAAAUACAAGAUGCAAGAUACGACGGUUAGGGAGGGGCUCGG